UCCACACAGCCAUAUCACUCAGAAUAUCUAAGCCAAAUAACCCACAAUAUCUUCUUUGAACUGGGUUAUCUGAGUACACACUGCUCUUUAUCCCAGUUCAAUGUUUGGUACUAAAUUCGCAAAUAUAGUAAUUCCUACAUAACAUUACCAUGUAUUGAACUACUUUUUCUGUUGAUUUACUGUAAAACAUGAUGUUUGGUGCUUAAUUUGUAAAAUCAUAAUGUAAUUUGAUGUUUAAUAGGUUCUCCUUAGUCCCUCCUUAUUAUCCAACAUUUUCUCUAUAGUUAUACUCCUGUGUCUGUUGGCACGCAUCUAUCUGGGAAUGAAAGCUACAUAUUCUUUAGUAGCCAUGCACAUGUGUCAGGGUCUCCCUGCUGGCUAGGUUCCCCAAACAAAGUUCCCUGUUUGUUUAGGAAUUACUUCCAAAUACCCUACAAGCACCCUAGGCAGGGUCAAUUCUCAUUAGUACUUGGAUGGCAGACUACUCCACUUUAACUGCCAUGUUUCAAUCCUAUGGAAUCAUGGCAACUGCAGUUCGAUGCUGCAACAGCACCUUUUUUGGGCAGAAAAGGCUAAACACCUUGCAAGACUGCAACUCCCAUGAAUCCAUACCAUUGACCCAUGCAGUUACAAGUGGGCCAAACUGUAUUACUUCUACAGUGUAGCUGCAGCCUUGCUCACGCAAUGAACCCUCCAGCUAGCCAUGCACCUUGCUGCAGUUUGCCAGUACACUGAAUUAAAUCAAGAGUUCCAAUUUGCCAAAACCAUUUCCUUUCCAACCAGGAAAAUAGGUUCUCUCUCUGCUGGUAUGUUUGCAGAACUACUUUCCAGGAGUCAUGACUCUGCAUUUCAAGUGCCUACUACUGAGCUACAGCUUCUCCUUUAUUCCAUACUUCCCUGCCCACCCUGCAGAGCCUGCCUCCCCCUGAAGGAGCAGAUGACUUGCCCAGAGCCCUUCUCUGGCCCUUUGCCAGGAGACACAGCUGAAUUCCCCUCCAUUUCAGCAAGACUCCAGAGAACACACCCUCAGACACAAUCACAGGCCACCUACCCACACCUGUGAGAUGUGCUUCUGAAACACUUGCAUCUGCGACUGUCGGAACACUGUGGUUCAAAGCAGCCAGCCCUAGCCUUGCAGAGCAACUAGAAGCAAACAUCUAAGCCACCUUUAGGACAACCUGACUCUGGGUUAUAUUCUUACUGACUCUUCUCUGAUUGAGGGUUGCUGUGUGUUUCCCAGCCUGCAGGACCAGAAUCCACAAGUAUUCUCUCCUGACGUUUCACCCACAGCUAUGGCAGGCAUCCUCAGAGGUUGUGAGGUAUACUGGAAAAAUCUAAGCAGGAAGGUUUAUAUUAAACAUCUGUGUAAGUUCCAGAGUGGGAGAAAGAAUUCUUGUCUGUUGGAGGCAGAGACAGUUAAGAACCGAUCUAAGAAAAGCUCCAAGAAGGUAAACAGCAGCAGCAGUAGCAAUAGCAGCAUUGGUGGCAGUGGCAGUGGAAGCAAAUUACCUCCAGUUUGCUAUGAAAUCAUCACCUUGAAGACUAAAAAGAAGAAGAAGAUGGCUGCUGAUAUUUUUCCCCGAAAGAAGCCGGCUAACAGUAACACGUCGGUCGUCCAGCAGUAUCACCAGCAAAACAUCAAUAACAACAAUAUUAUCCCGGCUCCUAACUGGCAGGGACUGUACCCCACUAUCCGGGAAAGAAAUGCAGUGAUGUUCAACAAUGACUUGAUGGCAGAUGUUCAUUUUGUGGUUGGGCCACCAGGUGGGACCCAGCGAUUGCCAGGACACAAAUAUGUCUUAGCCGUGGGAAGCUCUGUGUUCCAUGCAAUGUUUUAUGGAGAGCUUGCAGAGGACAAAGAUGAAAUCCGUAUCCCAGAUGUGGAACCUGCUGCUUUCCUUGCUAUGCUGAAAUACAUAUAUUGCGAUGAAAUUGACUUGGCUGCUGACACUGUCCUGGCAACUCUUUAUGCUGCCAAGAAGUACAUUGUUCCUCAUCUGGCCCGAGCGUGCGUUAACUUCCUUGAGACAAGCCUUAGCGCAAAAAAUGCUUGUGUGCUCCUCUCCCAGAGCUGCUUAUUUGAGGAACCAGACUUGACAGAGCGGUGUUGGGAAGUGAUUGAUGCUCAGGCAGAGCUGGCUUUGAAAUCCGAAGGGUUCUGUGACAUUGAUUUUCAAACACUUGAAAGCAUUCUCCAGAGGGAGACCCUGAAUGCCAAAGAGAUUGUGGUUUUUGAAGCUGCUCUUAGUUGGGCCGAAGUAGAGUGCCAACGGCAAGAAUUGCCUGCCAGCAUAGAAAACAAGCGCAAAGUCCUUGGGAAGGCGCUCUAUCUCAUUCGCAUCCCGACCAUGGCUCUCGAUGACUUUGCGAAUGGCGCCGCUCAGUCAGGUAUUCUGACGCUCAACGAAACCAACGACAUCUUCCUAUGGUACACCGCUGCCAAGAAACCAGAGCUGCAGUUUGUGAGCACCACCCGGAAGGGCCUCGUUCCUCAGCGUUGCCACCGCUUUCAGUCGUGUGCCUACCGCAGCAACCAGUGGCGCUACCGAGGUCGUUGCGAUAGCAUUCAGUUUGCAGUUGACAAGCGAGUUUUCAUUGCUGGCUUUGGGCUCUAUGGCUCUAGCUGUGGAUCAGCAGAAUACAGUGCAAAGAUCGAACUCAAAAGACAAGGUGUGGUCCUGGGGCAGAACUUGAGCAAAUAUUUCUCAGAUGGAUCUAGCAACACUUUCCCAGUCUGGUUUGAGUAUCCCGUGCAGAUUGAGCCAGAUACCUUUUACACGGCGAGUGUCAUUCUGGAUGGUAAUGAACUCAGCUACUUUGGACAAGAAGGGAUGACAGAAGUCCAGUGUGGCAAAGUAACUGUGCAAUUCCAGUGCUCUUCAGAUAGCACCAAUGGCACGGGGGUUCAGGGAGGGCAGAUUCCAGAACUCAUCUUUUAUGCCUGAAAGAAGAUGGGCUUUUGAACAAGGAGCGUGUGAUUCUGUGGGGUGUAUGUCUGGUUCAGACCUAUUUGAUGCUUAGCUUGUCAUCUGCAGGUAUGUGUGGUCCUAAAUGCAUUGAACAGUGUGAUAUACACUGUGCUUUUAUAGCUGAAAUGUAAUAUUCUUUUACUGGAAGUUCCCAAGAUUUUUUUUAAAAUUUAACAAAUUAAAGGUCAUAGUUUCCCAACCUUAUCAUAGGUGGAAUGGCCUUAUUAGGAAAAGGAAAGCAAAUCCAGAUGCCUGCCUUCUGUGUCAAGGGCCACUCUUAUUGCUCUUCAGUUUGUAACUUGUUAACUUCCCCUGUUCUUUUUAUUUAUUUGUUGUUUUCUUCAUAUGAAAGGCCUUUUAAGCUUAAAAGUAGGUUUUGCCUCAUGCUCCUUGGGUAGCAACAGUGUUACCACUGGAUUCAAGUUGGCUUGAAAGUCUUCCAGAUGGACUUAUCUUGGGUCCUUCUGCACAUGCUACUUAGAUGUUGGACAAGUCUGUUAAAAGAGAUGACCUACUCAUUCCACACAAUUGGAUUGGGAGUUGAAGUGUCAAAUAAUGUGAAAACUGAACUUAACACUUCGCCAUCCUGUAAAUAAGCGGAUCUCAGACUUUUUUUUGUACAUGGCAACAGCAAAAAACCUACCACUGCAGGGAACACAGUGAUGUAUACAUAGUUUCUCUUUGCUCCAAUACCAUUCUCAAAUGCUGUUUCCAUGACACACUUUGUAAAGUCCGGGAAUAGUGGCAUCCAUACUUUGCUUGCUUGCCCAGUGUUGCACUAAUUAGUGGUGGGAAGGUUACUCUUGGAACACCGAUUCCCAAAGUCCCCCAGCCUGCAUGGCCAAUUCUGGGAGGGAUUCUGGAAGUUGUAGUCCCCAGAGAGUGACUUUCACAAGUUCUGCCACUAAUGCAUUGAAGCAAGUGGUGUUUACAGCAUUGCAGUGCCUCAGUAAACAUUAGCUCUUUUCCUCUUACUAAGAGCUUUCUCCCAUUUAAUCAAGCUUGGAAGGCAUUAUACUGGCUGGUUUUAAUGGGUCCAGUCCUUUUUCCAUUAAGUCAGACAAUCUGAAGCAAAACCAGUUAAUUAAUUCUCUUGCUUUUAUUCUUCCCAAUGGUAGUUUGGAAACUUCAGCAGGAAAUUUAUUUUCCCAUCUGAGUGUCUUUUUUUAAAAAAACAGACUUGCUUGGAGAAUUAUAUUGCUAUAAUUUGCUAUGGAAUGUAUUAAUUCCCUGGUGAUAUUUUGUUUCCCCUAUAAUUCAAACCUGAAUAUUAAUGCUAAAUUAAAUUAACUAAUUGAGCAAUUAAAAAGGGGAGAAGUAGGUAAGUUCAACUUCUCCAUUUAUAGCAGGGUACCUAGCCUAGUUGUGUUUAUAAAGUUUAUAUUCACCCAGUUCUUUUUUAGGAGGUGGAGAGGGGUUGGUGCUCCAGAUUUCUAUAAUUUUCCAAUUAUUGUAUAUCUGUGGGAGAUGACAGUAACAUAGCUGGUAUGGUUGCUGCUUGUAGGUUUCUUUUCAACUGCUGGAUAUUGCUUUUUAGCCCAGCUGUAAAUGUUUGCUUUGCUCUGAGUACCAUUAACUACUGCUCAGCCUGGAAUACCUGUUAAGAGGAAUCUUUAAAACACUUUCAUUUGCCUAUUCAUGAACUACAGUUUGUAGGUACGUUUCAUUUUUAUUUGUGUGAUUAUAAUGAAAUUGGUAUUUAGCAGUGCAGUCAGGGAAAAAAAUGAAAAUGUUUGGCUUAUAUUUUGUGAUCUUCGGUCAGAUCUGGUAGUCAUUUUUCCAUUGUCCACGUUUUUAAAAUUGGUUGUCACGUUUCUUGUAGAACAGUCUGCAUUCUUGGCAGGAAAGUGCUGCCUGGCACAGAGAGAGAGAGAUUGAGAGAGAGAGAGAGAGAGAGAGAAAGAGAGAAAGGAAGGAAGGAAGGAAAUUUUGACUAAAUAAUACAGAACAAUUUUCUUUCAGAAAAAUGGCACACUUCCAGAUAAUUCACAACUCUUUCUGACAAGAAGUUGCUUAGUGCUUACAAUCAUAUUCCAGGGCUAAUUUGCCCGUUUUCCGUCUGCAAAGGCGAUUUACAGUUCCCCUCCUCCUGCCACCAUUUUGAGCUGAGAACAAAGUGAUUUCAUAAUUAAGGAAGCAUGUAUUUCAUUUUAUAUUGUUCAUACUGCUUGCGGUCUCUAUGUAAUUUAAUUGUUACGUUCAUUUUUGUUUAAAAAAAAUGUGGGUUUCCCCCCACAAACAAACAUAGAGAGUUUAUAUCUUCUUUUAGUGUCUUUUACACUAAAUAGUUUAUCCUGUUGCAAUCUGGGCUGCUAGUAGGCCUUUAAAUGCCAUUAAGUAUCAGCAGUGUCCAAAAUAUGGUUUGAAAUUCCUGCUUAAAUUGUACAUGAGAAACCUUAACAUUGAAGCCAGCCAUUUGUCAUUAAUAGAAAGUGGAAAGAAAAGCAAGGUGUGUGCUAUUCUUCAAGAACAAAUGUUAUUCUUGCUUUUUCAACUAUUUUAAAUAACGUGAUACAUAAUAAUUUAAUACCUUUUUCAGCAGUGUAAAUACUCCUGGAAUGUAUAGGAUGGAGUGGGAUUUAAGAUAUUAUGGCAGUCCAGCAAUACCUGGAGAACUGUACAUCCUUCUUCUGACAUGGGAAGUUAACUUUUUGAACAGAUAUAAACAAUGACUUAGCCUUGCAGCUAAAGCCAACAUGGCUCAAGUAUUGAGAUUUGGACCAGCAAGAUCUGUGUUGAAGUUUUUGCUUAGUAAAAUAUUUUAUUGGGUAAUCUCUCUCAGCCAUGAAUGAUACCCUGAGUUUCUUGGAGCAAGGGCAGAACUGAAAUGUAUAUUUUCUGCUAAAAAUCCUUAGGGGGAAAAAGGUCCUACAGAGAUUUUCCCCAAACUACAGUAGAGUCUCACUUAUCCAACACUCGCUUAUCCAACGUUCUGGAUUAUCCAAUGCAUUUUUGUAGUUGAUAUUUUAAAUAAAUCGUGAUAUUUUGGUGCUAAAUUCGUAAAUACAGUAAUUACUACAUAACAUUAUUUUGUAUUGAACUACUUUUUCUGUCAAAUUUGUUGUAUAACAUGAUGUUUUGGUGCUUAAUUUGUAAAAUCAUAACCUAAUUUGAUGUUUAAUAGACUUUCCUUAAUCCUUCCUUAUUAUCCAACAUAUUUGCUUAUCCAAUGUUCUGCCUGCCCAUUUUUGUUGGAUAAGUGAGACUCUACUGUAGUUAAUAUUCUCAGAAAGCCCAACUGUAUUGUUUAAGGAAGGAAAUAGUCUAUAUUUGCCAUUUCACAGAUAUACAGACAAGUAUUCGGGUUAUGAACAAGUAGGUUCUGUAGAUUUAUUCUUAAGCUGAAUUUGUAUGUAAGUCAGAACAGGGAAGGGUUAGCACCCCUUGUGAUGUUUUUUUUUUUUUUUGCUGCCUGUGCCCCUGUUCAGAAUAUUCACUUCACUUUCUCUCCCUGUGACAAUUGGAUUUUAAAAAUUUGGGGCAUAUUAUGGAAACAAGGAUUGGCGCUAAAGCUUCAAUCGAGGUACCCUUUUCCCAUUAUAACUCUUACAAGAGUGAAUUUCCAUUCCUAGGAGUAGGUUUCCUCUCACUUCCUGUUGUCUCAUCUCUGUUUGCAACUAUGUAAAUCCUAUUUUUGUAACUUUGAGGCAGCCUGUAUUCAGGUUCCAGAUUUGGGACACAGGGCUCUUCUGAUGCCCUGUACUCCCUUGGCCUCUAGAUGGCAUAUGGACACUGCUCCUUUGGCUUAUGCCCCAGUGAAACCCAAUGUAUUGUUGACUUGAUAGCGGUGAGGAGCAUCUUACCUUUCCCUUAAACAUGAAUGACUGCCAUUCCCCACCCCGCCCCCCAUGGGAACAGAAACAGAAAGUAAUCAGGAGCUCACAUGGGGCUAGAAGUAGAUUUGGCUUGGUGUGUAUGGCUCAACCUCCCUUUGUACAGAGAUGGACUGCACCUUUUCUCAAUUCAUGUCUUCUUUUUCAUCAUAAUGACAAGGUUUUCGCCACUUUUAAGCCUGGAAACAGAAGUGAAAGUCAGAGUAUGUUUACACUAAGCUCUGAACAAAUAUUUAGUCUUAACAUUGUGAGCAGUUCUUGGGUAGUGGUAAAGUAGGGAACCAAUUGCUUUUAUUUUACAUGUGUUUCAGUACACCGCUUCCUUUAUGACACAAGUUUAAUGCCAGUGAAACGGAAAUAGAAUUAGAGUUUGAAGAGACCACAAGGGCUAUCCAGUCCAACCCUUCUGUCAGACAGGCAUACAGAAUCAAAGCAGUCAUGACAGAUAUCCAUCCAACCUCUGUUUAAUAACCUCCAAAGGAGGAGUCGCCACCACACUCAAGGCAGUAUGCUCCACUGUUGAACAGAAAGUUAUUCCUAAGAUUUAGGCGGAAUUAUUUUUCUUGUAGUCUGAAUAUGUUGAAUUUGGCUUCAAUUCAGCAACAGGGUUUUCUUGAAAAAACCCCAAGAUUUGCAUUCAAGACACAGAUAUACUUAAGAAGUCUCCGAGUAAUAUGAAUACUAUAUAUAUAUAUAUAAAGUUUUUAUGAGAGCACCUCACUGAUUUGUGAAUCAGUAUUGCAGAAUGUAUGAAACUUCUGACACCACCAAAUAUUUGUUUCUGGUGCACAUCGUCUUGGGUCCCUCUCCACACAAUCCUUUGUGUGUCUACAAAUCUUUAAGUUAUCUGGGUCUUAUUCUGAAUAUAUAUGAUUGUAAUAUCAAGGUCUAAAAUAUAUGUUAAAUAACUUCAGUUUCAAUCUUUUGCAAAUUGCACUGAUAUUCAGAGUAACUUCUAAUUCAAAUUAUUAUUUACUAUUUUAAAUAUGCAUGGCCUUUAUUUAUGGCAGAGACCAGACUGCAAGAUGUCAUAUAAUCAAACAAGAGCAGUAUUGGAAAACAAAGCAAAACACAAUACGAAAACUACAGAGCAUUCUGUAAAAGACUAAAAACAAACAAGUAGCAAUAUUUAAGAACAUAAAAAUUGUUGUUGUUUCUUUUUUCUUUUCUUUUUUUAAAAAGGCUAGAAUAAAACUGCAUUGAUAGGUAGAUCUCCCUUGGGAAGCUCUUGAGAAGAAUGUCUAUGGAAAACUGGCUGUGUAAUCCAAAUUGAAAGCCCACAGUACUAAUCCCUAGAUGCUGUGUGACUGCAUUUAUUGUCCUUUAUUACACAAAGAAUGAAGCAGGAAGUCUCAAUUUUCUGAAUGAAUGUCUAAAAAAUGAAGCUCUUUUGAAAGUAAACCCCUCUUAAUUCGACCAUAUACUCCCAUCUGAAGUCACAAUCUAACCACAUAAAUAGCAAUGCUAUUAAGAAGGAUUUAGUUAGAACUUUUAGGUUUGUGCUUUGAGCAGGAGUGCGUAACUUCGUGGGCAGAUUUUGUCCUUGGGACCUAAUGAACUGCCCAACAUGCCUGGGGGAAAAAAAGAGAAACUGGUUGGAAGUCUACCUCUGGUCCUGAAAAAAUGUUUCUUUAUAUAAAACAGUGGUAAGAGGGGCUGCUUUUUAAGCUUCUGGAAGCUUCUAGUCGCAACCAUUCACCUUUUGUUACAAGAACAAAAAUGAUCUGUGAUUUAAGUGGGGCUUGUUGGGUGCCACCAAAAUAGUUUUUGCCAUAUGUCUGGGGGAUUGAACUGGAUGGCAAUGGUGGCUUUGUCUAACUGAUUCUAUGUGGAACAGAAGCCACAUUUUGUUAACUCCGGAAUUAGAUACCAGACAAUUGCCACCUUCCAGGAACAACCUGAUAGGAGUUUUGAGCUCAUUCACCUUCCUUGGAUAGAGUGUAAACAAGUCUUGUGUCCUGUACCACUUUUGAUUGAAUUGAGAGAAUCUUUCUGACUCCAGGAUAUAUUCAGGGUGUUCAAUCAGUCAGUGUGGAGCAUUUCGAUUUGCAUGCAGAAAGUCCCAGAUUCAGAUCCUGGUGUCCUAAGGCAGGGCUAGAAAAGCUCCCACCUGGAACCCUGGAGACUUGCUAUUCUAGUCCAUGUGUAAUUUUAUUUAAAAAAAGCUAGAUGGACCCAUAGAAAGCAGCUUACAGUUGCUCUUAAGAAUGAUGAAACUCUCCAUAGCUCUCCCACCCCCAAAAAUUCACAAGCGCAAGGACAAAAUACACUUUGGGACAAAGGAAGUGCCCAGUAGAAUACAGCAAAUUAAAAUUAAUUAGAGGCUCAUUAUUCAGGGUGUCUCAAAGACACAAAUAGCUUGAUACAUAGGCAAGCAGAGGCCUGUGUGAGAGAGAAGCAGUGAAUUGACCUCACUGUGUGAGAGAGAACAUGAAUUUUCUCUUUCAUUAUUCUCUGAGCAAAAGCAUGCACUGUUUAUUACUCGGGAAUCUAUAUGCAGAUCCAAAGCAUUUCCCUGUAAACAGAAAGUCCCUACACUUAUGGCGACCCUAGAUCUGAGGUCUUUAAGUCCAUAAAGGAAGCAGUCCGCAGUUUAGAAGAAUACUAAUUCAAAAAAAUCAGCCCUGCUCCCAAAAUGGAUAGACGUAUCCAUGGGUCAAUGCAAGUAUUGAACCAUAACUCUCCUUUAAAUAGAGCCAUCUCCUUAUCUGAAUAGAGUGGCAAAAGCUUGGUCUGUCCUGAGAGAAGCUAAAGGAAGCACCAGGCUCCUUUCCCUGUUGUGCCAUUUCUGGCCUUUUUCAAUACCCCGACAAGGAAAUGGUGGCGGCAACAGUUCGUUAAUACUUCAAAGGAUUGGCACAUCCCCUCUCGUAUUAAAAUUCAUAAUCUUGCUUCAAAACCUAUCCAAUUUAAAUACAAGGUCAACUUAUGUAUGAGUGUAUGCAGUAAGCAAAUGUUCCUUGCAACAUCACCACCAAUGUAAUGACAUUUUCCUUUUUGAUUGAAUAGCAGUGAACCAGGCCUUUCAUUCUACCCAUGUUUUCCAUGACCCAAGAUAGGCUGAUCUCAUUAAAAUCGAAAUGUGUUGCCUUCAAUGGUUUCCAGAUUGAGCAUAAAGCUGCUAGCAUCCAACUGUCUGUUUGGGAAGUAACUCCAUAGAAUUAGAUAAUUGUUCCCAAAUGAGAGUUUUGUAUCCUAAGUGGACAGCCAAUGUCCUAAAUGUAUAUAUGCUUGAAUAUGUUGUUUUAUUCUUCCAAAGUAUUGAACAGAUAAUUAUUUAAAAAUAAAACUCCUGAGAUACAAGAAGAUAUUAUGGGUGCUAUUUCAUUUAGGCCUAACAUCUCAUUGCAGGGUGAGCUGGAAGAAGAGAAACUAUUUCUGGAUUUAUUGUGUAAUAUACUUCAAGCAUAUCUGACAUAAUAUUUAAUUAAAUGUUCUAAUUUCUACAGUAUAUAUUGCACUGAUUAUUAUUAUUAUUACUAUUAUUUUGUUUAAGCUCCGUUAUCUCUGACACAACUGCAUCUGGUUGUGUUUGAACCAGUGCUUGAGUAUUGCAACUGAUGGCAUUAUUUAUGAAGGACAGAUAUAUAUAUAAAUAUAUAAAUAUAUAAAUAUGAAGUACCUCAAGUUGAAUGUUAUCGUACUGUAUCUUUAAUGUAACAGUGCUGAAUUUUAGUAGACACAUGAAUGUGUAUAACCACAUUUAAAUGACAAAUAAAAAUCAAACUGGUUCUUAA